UACAGCAUCUGUCAUAGUCGGCGGAUGCCGAUGCCAACGUUCGGUACUCGCUUCUGACAGGCGGAACAAGAGUUUUAUUAUAAUUGUAAGGAGUGAUACGAAGUAGGAUGAAAGGGUGUUGCUAGCAUGUUGGAUAAGCGACGGCUCCAUGGCCACGGGUCGUCGCCAUGCACCUUAACAUUUGCAGUAACCCUAACUGUCUUCUGUUUCCUGUCAAUAUGGAUGUUAACCGGUGCACCAGGCACCCUAACAGCAAUACCAGCCCAGGUACCAGUACCUGGCUACACACUUCUAGUACCGGACAAUGUAUCGGCAUUACCCCAGCCAUACUCACUGAACGAACUUCCGUCCAGCGAUGAAACGACACUGAUUGAUAUGACAAAUUUUCGAUUCAUCAUCAAUCAUGAUCCGUGCAAUAGAACACAACCAUUAUUACUAACACUGAUACACUCAGCACCUGGUAAUUAUGCAAAACGUCACGUUGUACGUGAAACGUGGGGAAAACAUACGUCUGAGAUGAUUGUACUAUUUUUCAUUGGAGUCACUGAUCAAUACAGAGGUGAUAUUAUUGAGGAGGAUAGAAAGUAUGGUGAUAUUAUUCAAGGCAAUUUCCUUGAUGCAUAUAGAAAUAUGACCUAUAAGCAUGUGAUGGCAUUGAAGUGGGCCACAUAUCACUGUCCAAGUGCCAAAUAUAUAUUGAAACUAGACGACGAUGUAUUCGUUAACAUUCCAGCAAUGGUAGAUUUUUUAAAGCGCGGCCUAUCCCCAUGGGGCGCAAGACGUCUCAUUCUUUGUGAUCCACUAUCAACAGCAACAGUUAAACGCUCGUGGCGUUCCAAAUGGCGUGUAUCACCCCAGGAAUAUCCCGGUAGACAUUAUCCAGCUUACUGCGCUGGUUGGGCUAUACUGUAUUCACCUGAUUCUGUAUUUUUACUGUACCGCGAGGCACAAAGACAGCCAUAUUUUUGGAUCGAUGAUGUUCAUAUAACAGGUACAGUGGCUGGAAAAGUUAAUCUCACACACAGCUCCAUACACUCACUUGUACUUAGUUCCGAUGAUAUGAUGCAACUGCUUAAUGAUCCUGAUAGUCGACAAGAGUUUUUAUUUGGCCCACCUAAUUUGGGGGAGGAUCAUAUUAAGGCUCUGCAUCGGUUGACUGUUAGUGACGGCAGUUGGUAAUGAUGGCCUGUGAGAGAUAUAGGGAAAUAUUAAUUUUGCGGUGAAGUAAAAUAAGGAGAGGAAUCAAAUUAAUUUUAUUUUGGGAAUUGGGGAAAGGGGCAAGAUGGAGUUUUGAAGGUGUGGAUACAAUCUGUUGAUUUCACUUCGAGGUACGCUUUUGGGGGAUGGUGGAAUCUUUGGAGAUCACAGGGAGAUCUACAUAAAAAGCCUCUGCGAAAAGCUAGUCAUCUCUUUUAGAUUUUUCGAUAUUUUACUAAUGAAAAUGAAAUUAGGUAAUCUCACUUAUUCUGAGGAAAAUUUCUUUAAAAAACCAAGCACAUUCGCUGGAAAAUGAAUUUCUAUUAGACUGCUUUUGAAAGUUCGAUUAAUUUGACGAAUUUUGGAAGAACUAUUGAGAAAUUCCGCAGCUUUUCCACGAGUUUUUGUACAAAUAUUCAAUAUUGUACAGCAAAAAUGAGCAGAAUUUGACAGCAUUUCUGUACAACUCAUUCUGCUGAAAGUAUUUCCAUGGAAAUUCUAUUUGGCUUGAACUUUUUAAUAAGAAAAGAAAAAACGAAGUGGAAAACCUUAGAACGUCAAUAGAGAGUCGACCGUACACUAACAGCAUUUUUUAAUAGAAUUCCAACAGAAUUAAAUUCUUUUAUACAUCUGUUGUCGAUCUGAGAGGGAUAACGAUUUUUUUGUGAUAACCUUUUCGUAAAAAAGCGAAUUGAACUUUUAUUCUUGAAUUAAAUUUUCUUAUUGAUGUUUAAUUCUUCGGAAGCUCGAUAAAAAUGAAUCUUGAAGUGAAAUCCAUGCAUGUUGUUCUGCUUCAAUACUGAAUACAUCUUUAUUGAUCGUCAAUUUUUCCUGAGCAACGAUGAGAAUUCAAUGAAUUUUAUUUCAAUUAUAAGGACGAUAAAUAUGCUUACAAAUGACAUGAAGAGUUUUGAAUUCGCCUCAGCAGGUUUGGAAUUAUUGACAAUGAAGAAAGAAAGGGGUUCGUUUGCUCCUUUCCAUCAUGAAAUUUUGUAGAUAACGAAUAUUAAAAUUAAUCCACUCGAUAAUUUCGAAAUUCCCUGCUUUUGAUCUGAGCUCAGUACACUGUUCAUACUCCGAAAUUUGUUGAAAUAAUUUUUUAUACUAUUUAUUUUAUAGUUUUAUUGUUGAAAAAAGAAGUAAUCAUGAGGAUUUUUUAGGACUUUGAGUGCUCAAAAGGUUUUUUUUCUCUUUUGGAAAAUACGAAUUUUGUUGAAGAACCAUUGAAUGUAUCUUUGAGGAUCAGAUGGUGUUCAAAGAAUUGACAAUUCAUUAGUGAAGUAGUAAAACGCAGGAAAUCGAUGUUUAAUUAUUCUACUAAUGAGUGAUUUCAGUAGUGAAAUGGUAAGACGGUUCAAGUCGACUUAUUUCCCAGUUGAGUUUUUGAGGAAUAUUUCCGAAUUCAAGGGAGAUAGCGAAAUUUCCGUAAUCACCUUUGUUGUAGCUCUCAAACGGCUCUAUAAAAAACGUUAUAACAAAAACUUUGCCAUCUCUCUUAGGUUCCGAGAUAUUCAUUGAAAACUGGUCAAUGGUCAAAAUUGACUUGUACCGUUUUACCACUUUGCUACUGAUUUUACGAAAAUGAUGGGUGAUAGUUUUAGUAGGAAAUUUCUUUAUCUACAGAAAAGUAUCGUGCCCUUUUGUUCCAUAAAUUCACAAUUUAAAACGUCUCAUUUCGUUUAUUACGUUUUACUACUUCACUUCAGGAUUGAUUGAACUCUCGGAAAUGAGAGCAAAUGAAUCAUGGUGUUUCAAAAUUAUACAAAAUUCUUUACUUAUUUUACUUUAUUAUAGAUAAAUCUAGCAAUUAUUGAAUUAUUCAUGAAUUCUUUUAAAAAGACUUGUCAAUGAGGUCGACAAGCAUUCAACGAAACUUUUAAAUUAUCCUUAAAACAUUGUUCUUUGUUAUCGAUGGCAUUUAGAAACUUAAUUAAUGAAGUGUCAUUAGCUUGAGGUGAUUAUCAUGUACAUAUAAUCGCUGAAUGUGACAAAGGGCUUUAAACUGUCAUUUAACUAUUAUUUUAAACUAAUAACAAUACCAAACGGUAUUGCGAGAAAUUCUAAGUUAAUGAGUGGAGAAAUUGGAACACUACGUCAACUUUUUUUGUUGAUUUUUAUAUUAAACAAUCGAGAGGAAGGAAGAAUGAUAAUUUGUUGGAUAAUUGUAAUACUUGAUUGAUGAGAACUCUUCAGUAUUUAAUUCGCCAAAUUAUUGAGUAAUAUAUACAUGUAAAAAUUGUAAAUAACUAAAUGAAGAAGGAAAAAUCAAAUUUCAUAGUGAAAGUUACCCCUUUCGAAAGUUGAAGAAUAGUUCUCCAAUUAAACAAAUUUAAUCAUUAAAUGAAUCAACAAAAUUUCCCUCAAAAAGCCAAGACAUAAUAAGAAGAUUGAAAAUUUUGAAUUUCUCAAUUCUAGUCGCAUAAUUUAACUUUGCUCAAUUUAAGAUUCUCCCAUCAGUAGAAGAUAUUAUUUCAAUAUUUAUCUGUACAUUUAUAGGAGAUAUCAUCUCGAUAAUUAUCUUUACAAUGUCAUUUAACAUUAUUAUUUGCUAUAUCGGAUAGAAAUUGUCAAUCGCCGAAUGAUGGAAAAUACGAUAGAAUACUUUUAUUUUUUUAAAUUCGUAUGAUGCAUAAUCCACAAAGAAUCAGAGGUGAAGAACUGGACAUGCGACGCUCCGGGAAAUAUACAAUUAGAAAUUUUUUGUGGAAAAUAGUCUCGGCUCCAGAAACAGUUCCUUGAGAUUUUUUCCUGCAUUUUUAUUACUUAUGAGAUCUUUUAAAGAUGGAGUGGGUUCAAGGAAAAAGCGAGAGAAUUUUUUGCGGAGUAUUUCAUCACUUGCAAAAAGUUCUACUCAACUGAAUGAUCUAUUACACACAAUUGAGUUCCUUCAUUUUCAACUGAAUGAUAUUUUGUAUUAAGAUCUUGUCCACAGGCAUUGCAAUUCCCACAUUCUCAUUUUGUUUCUCUUGGAUUUGAUGUGCGUAAAUUUUACCUGUCAAUUGCAUACAUACAAAUGAACAUUUGGAAAAUUAAAUUCAUCCAUAAAAAAUUUUACAGAAAGACUUGGCGAAAUUGUUAGAACACGAUUCAUUUUUAGCUGAUUCUACUGAGAAAUUUUUAUGGAGAAAAUCAAUCGAAUUCCUUUUUUUUAUACAGCAAAUUGUAUUGAGGCGUUUUCUAUAAAAAUUUAUUGGUUCAAAUUUUUUCUUUCAAACUUUUUUUUGGGUUGAUUUUGCAAAUAAGUGGAAAAAGAAUGGAGUGAAGAAAACUUGGAAAAUUUAUGUCGAAGAAUUUCUAUAGAAAAUGUUUCAACGGAAACAUGAGAUUCUACUGAUUUUUUCUAUGAAACAGUUUCUAUUGGAGAUUUUCGACUAAAAAAACGCGCAGUAGAGCUGCGCAAAUUUUCAAUAAAAUCGACGAAAAACUACCAGAAUUUUCAAGUGUACUGGGUAGUUUUUUCUCUGACAUUCUUUCGUGCAUGUUAUGCAAAGCGAAUUUAAAUUAUUAAAUCGAACAGAAUUCAAGAUGUAAUCAUGGAAGUAGAUGUUAUAUCACAUCAACUGUGUCAAAAAAUGAAAGCACUCUAUUGUUAAAGUAUGUCCUGUUCUUCACCCCUUGACUACAUAAUCUACUCAAUCGAGUAUUUGUAGUUUGUUAUAAAGCACAAUAUGAAGUCUCACAGAUCUCGAUGUAUUCACUACCUACCUCACAUUUAUUCAAUUAUUUUCACGAGGUAUUUUUGUUUUGUAUUUGUGAAGAAAAGAGAGAAUGAAAAAUCAUGAGUAUGUCAUUUUUCAUCAUAAUAAUCAUUCAUAAAAAAUGGAACAAUUGUGCAUAAAGUGAUCACUUCCGUCGGCUUUUCGACGGAAGUAAAGGAAGUAUGAAAACAUGAGAGGAAUAAAAAAAAUGAAUUACUUGUACAGAUCGUGAGAUAAACUAGCUUAUAUGAGAUUCAAAAUAAUUGUUCGUAAUUUUAAUGCAGUCUUAUCCCAAAUUCGUACCUGAAAACAGGAAAAACCCACAAAAAAAUGGAAUAUAAAUAGAUAAGAAUUUAUUUAUCCAGGCUCGAAUGCUCCUACGACAGAAUCUAAUUGAUAUUUUCAUUGUAAUGUGGGCAUGGAGAAGAGACAAGAAGUAUUAUACUUCCAUGUAAAAAUCAUUAAUUAGAGUAUUUAUAUCUACAAACGUCAAUCAUCAAUUUAUUUUUCUUCAACAACGAUCUAUUUUUGUCUCUUCUUGAUGCAAUAUCGGCGUCAAAUUUAGAAAAACAAAUUGGGCUCGCUCGUUCUGAUUAAUUCAUCAUUCGUGCUUAUGUUUUGAUUGAGCAAUUCUAGAGUGGAGUGGUAAAAUGUAGGGGAGGGUGGGGCUAAAUGGAAACUUCUGACAUUUUAUCAAUGUUCAUAACUCAAUAAAUUUAUCUAUUGAGCUCAGUCUAGGAUCAUCACAGAGGGAAAGAAUUUUACUUUCUGUGAAAGAAGAUAUCUCGUUUCAUUAAAAUUGAACAAGUCUUUAACAUCUCCAAAAAAGUCAAAAGUGUUCAUUUUACCCCACUUGACCCUAAUUAGUUUUACAUAACGUCUAUUUUUUGUGAAAAUUUCGGGAGAUGGUUUUUUUGAUUACGUGAAGUGGAAUUGGUUGGGGAAUUCCCCAUGGAAAAGGUAAUUUAUAAUUUUGAGGCAAACUGGAAUAGUAAUACUUUGUCAAUUGAUUUUUAUAAUUGUGUGGCUCAUGAACCCUGGGCAGUGCCAAAUGCCUUGCGAUUUCAAGAAUUGGUUACACCACUACAUGUUACGGUUCAAUAAUAUUAUUAACUAAUUCUCGAUAAGGGUUUUUGGGACUCUUCACCAGCCACGUCCUCGUCGUGGGUCCUGGGUCACGCUAAGAGCUGGUGAGGAUUGUAUUCUUCACCAGCACCCCCUUUGGGAUUCCCUAAGAAAGUGUCACUUAUUGAUGAAAAAAAGAUUAAUUAAUUUUUGUAAUCAUGGAGUGAUAUGUAAAUUUAUAAUUAAUAAUUUUUGUCGUAUGGAGGGCGACGGAGAGAUUAAGGGAACAUCUUGGAUCCAUUGAGAUUUUCAAUUUGAUGAAUAGAAAGGACAGGAAUCAUUGUGAUGAGUUGUCUGUAAUAUGUAGAGGUGGAUACGAAGAAUUUCAAUCAUUAAAUUUGUCAAUUAAAUUACGUGAAAGAAGAUAUGGAUAAUUAACGUAAUUCAAAUUACAUUUUACAAAUUACAAAUUUCAUUACAAAUUGCAUUACUUAUAAGUUAUUAAUAUGAAUUUUUAAACCUUUUAGAAAAAUUAUUCUUCACAAUUUUUUUGUUCUUUUGAAAUCGAUUUCUGGUCAAAUUCUAAAUACAUUCAAAUUUGUUAAAAAUGCGAAAAAGAAAUUCGUAGUGUGGAAAAUUGAUUCUCUAUCAAUUAUUUAUUACAUAAGUUCGUACUUUUUAGAAAUCGCAGUGUUUCAAUUAUUUUAUUUUAUUUUGUAGGUUUGCUUGGCUUAUUCGAGAAGUGGAUUCGCUAUUUAUUUGUAGACAUUUCUAAAAUGUUUUAUUAUUGUAUAAAAAGAAAAAUGAAA